CUGCUGGUUCUUUGCACUGUCAACAUGACUCCGACAGGUAUGCUCACCGUGACAACCGCUCUCCUCUGCAUCAUACUGAGCCUCAUCAUUCCAGCCCCAGCUGCCCGUCCUCGCAUGGGCAAAGCCUGUUGCAUGAGAUACAAUAGGAAGCCAAUACCCUUCGAGCGUAUAAAGGGCUACAGAGAACAAACCACCAGGGAAAACUGCCGCAUGGAAGCGAUCAUUUUCUACACGUCUAAGAAGAACGAAAUAUGUGCAACUCGGAAGGAUGCGUGGGUGAGGAAUAUUCUGGAAUUACUCAGUUCAAAGCUGAAGAAGAUGUCCAAGCCUGGCUCUGCUGCAGGUGAAACUCAGAAGAAAAGCGUAAACCCUACAUUUAACGACGGAAGUGGCUCUUUCUCCAGUACCACAGAAGCCUUCCAAAAUAUCACUGAAAGUUUCUAUUAACAAAAAUCAGGUUGCGGCCUCAGAGAUUUGGAACUAAAUAAUUUGUGCUAUAGAAAUGCUCAUUUUAGAUAAUGUUUUAGAGAAAUUGAACCUUCUGUAAUCCAGCCAUGUUGGGAAUAUUAUCUAUGAAAAAGCAAAGAAAUGAUAAUUACUUUUACUUGCCUCAACAUAUGCAGCAUCCUAAUACUCCUUUUAAUCGUGACUUAAGGAGAACCAUAGAAGAACAGCUUUGAGACUAUUGAUGUAGAUUAUGUGCUUAGCCACUUAGCAAAUGUUUACUAUUGUUUUUUUUGUGUGUGGCUAUGCUGUUUCAUUCCCUGCUAUGUUUAAUCAAGUUAAUGUGCUAAAUAUGCCAGUUCUCAUAAAUCAAUAAAUUGACUUCACAGUACUCCAA